AUGUCGUCGACUGUGCUGACAUUGAAAGUGGUACAAAGUGAAGGUCAGUGACGCGGAAGUGUACAACCCGAAGAAGAAAACGAACGGAGAAAAACGGAGAAGCGCUGCGGGCAGCAAACGGAUUGAUCGGUUUUGAUAAAGAACAAUGUUUUUUUUGCGGAAGAUAACGAGAAAGCGCUGCAUGAACGCGAUAGACGCCGCGCGGAGAAUGAACAUUAGCAUCUGUGAAUCUACUUUCGAACUCCCGCUACAAAAACAUAUGCGCGGCAAGAGUUCCGGCAAGCCAGAACACUGAGCGCCUUUGAAAAUUACGGUAGGCGUCUUGAGAUUUCCUUCGGCAGAAUUCGGCCGUUCUUCAAAUGAAUAAAGUAUCCUUCCAGUAUCUGUGCAAACUGCGAAGUCGUCAGAAGCGGAAGUGAAGAGAUGCGAAGAUCUGAUUCUAAGUUAUGCGAAACAGCUCGCUAAAGAGAAGGAUAUUGCUGGUUAGUUUCUCACCUCAUUAAUAAUUAUCGCUGUUCUUCCAGGCAUUCGCGCUCUAGUUGAGUCAAUUCGUGGAUUUUACGAUCUGAUUGGCAAGGCAAGAGCGAGCAAAUUGAUCAGAGACAUCGUCGAGUACGCCCUCACCAUCGACCAAGGAAAAGAAGAAAAAAUUGAUCUCCUGAAGAAUUGCAUCGAAUGGGCGACUGCGAAUAAAAGAGAGUUCCUUCGUCGCAGUCUUCAAUCUCGUCUUGUCAGACUUUUCAAUGAAGUGCGGGACUUUCUGAGAGCGCAAAAACUAGGAGAGGCUCUUUCGAAAGAGCUGAAAAAGUUGGAGGACCGCGAGUUGCUGAUCGAAGUGUCUGUGGAGGAGAGCAAGAGCGCAUUCAAUCUCAACAACCUGUCGAAAGCUAAAACUGCACUUCUGACUGCUAAGACAAGCACCAAUUCUGCGUAUGCGUCUCCACAACUACAAGCCUCUGUCGACAUGCAAUCGGGAGUUUUAUACUCUGCGGAGGAAAGAGACUACAAAACAUCUUUCUCGUACUUCUACGAGGCAUUCGAGGCAUUCCACAGCAUUGGGGAUAAGAAAAACGCCACUUUUUCGCUGAAGUACAUGAUUCUGUGCAAGAUCAUGCUUAAUGAGACUGAACAAGUUCCCGGAUUGAUGGCAAACAAGGUAAGAACACAAGGAUAAUGUGAAGAAACAGUUCGAUUCAGGAUCUCAUCAUUUACAAAUCGGAGCCUCGGAUUCUUGCUAUUCGUGAAAUGGCCGACGCGUUCCGCAAAAGAAGCCUCAAAGAUUUCAUGAAGGCGUUGAAAGAGUAUAAGAAAGAGCUUGUUGAAGACAAAGUGGUGGCGGUUCACUCGCAGAACUUGGAGCGCAAUAUGCUCGAAAAGGUAAAAUCAUAAUGACCAUAAAAGUAACAAGUAAUAGUCUUCUCAGGAAAUAUCGCGUGUUAUCGAGCCGUACUCGGAAAUUGAGCUCUCCUACAUCGCCAGAGUUGUUGGAAUGACUGUCCCGCCCAUCGAGAAAGCAAUAGCAAGGAUGAUACUGGAUAGGAAGUUAUCCGGGUGAGUGAAGAGGAGAGAAGAGUACAAGGCGCCAUGCUGUCAUGGAAAUGACAGAAGAGAAGAGUCCUCAAGCUGUCUGAGUGUAAUUGAAUGUGACUGCAGGAGCAUCGAUCAGCACGGAGACAUCGUCGUCAUCCAUCCGAAGGCAGACACUACCAAGCAGUUCGACCGCUCGCUCACUUCCAUCCGUGAGCUGACCAAGGUAUUCCACCGUUAGACUCUCUUACAGAAUUUAUCAUUUUCCAGACCGUCGAUGUCUCCUACGCCCGUGCCAAGCAUAUCAAAUGA